AUGUCCACCGUGGGCGUCGAGAACCAGCCUCCCGAAGCACCAGCAUGGCGCGAAAAUCUCAACACACAUCUCGUUUGCCCUGAUUGCAAGCAGAUCCCUCCGGAUCUUAUCGAGGAGAAUGCUGAUACCAUCUGUGCCAAUUGUGGAAUGGUCCUUGCCGAGCGUCUAGUCAGCUACGAAUCCGAGUGGCGUACUUUCAAUUCCGAUGAAGGCAAAGGCGAUGACCCUAACCGUGUCGGUGAAGCCGACAAUGAGUUAUUUCUAACCAACAACGCUGGUACAUUGAUUGGUGGCGGCGGCCCAAAUGUAUCGAAGGAGACACGGAAGCUCAAGAAGGCACAGGCCAUGCAGCAGGAAAACAAGGCGGACAAGGCUCUGCAAACCGCUUAUGCUCAAAUCGAGGCGUGGGGUGAAAAGGCCAAGCUCACCGCUACGAUCAAGACUACCGCCAAAAUGUACUUCAAGCGCGUCUAUGAAGCCAACGCCCUCCGUGGUAAGCAGACAGAGGUUAUUUUGGCCGGAUGCCUCUUCAUUGCCUGUCGUCAACACCAGGCUCCACGUUCCUUCAGUGAGAUCUUCGGAUUGACAUCGGUUCCCAAAAAGGAGAUCGGACGGGCAUACAAGAACCUGGAGAAGUUUCUGACAAAGUCAUCGAAUGAAAAUAUUCAGGCUAUCGAAGAAAGUGGUGGCAUAGCGAAUCGGAACCUUCUCGGUUUCAAGAGCACUCAGUCAACAAAGCCCGAGGAUCUUUGUGACCGGUACUGCAACAUGGUUGGACUGCCUUUCCGCGUCUCGACCAUUGCACGGGAGCUUGCACAAAAGAUACCUACUGUUGAAGGAUUGGCUGGGCGCAGUCCAUUAUCCAACGCUGCCGCAUGCACCUAUUUUGCCAGUCACUUGCUAGGUUUUGGGAAGUCCACGAAACAAAUCAGCGAAGUUGCUGGUGUGAGCGACGCAACUAUCAAGCACGCCUACAGAUAUCUUCUUCAGGCAAAAGACUCCUUGGUUGAGUCUAGCUGGUUGGGAGAGCAGGGAAACGCCGGCGGGUUCGGCGAUCUGAAGAAUCUUCCCGGUGCUUGA